CAAAACGCUCAGGACUCAAUUGCGGCCCUCGCUAAGGGAAAACCCCAAUAAAAAUCAGAGGCCAGAGGAUACUAGUCGCCCGCCUUCUCUUCCUGUACAUUACAUUGAGACCAUAUCACGCCUACUAUCCGCACAUCUCACUUUGGUCGCUCCGCAUCAACCACAUUCUAACCCACCAUGCCUGUGCAUAAGGUGCUUUUUUGGAGCGGUUUCGGUAUUGCCGUCCGUCUCUGGCAGCUCGGUAUCGAAAUGCGCCCCUUCUUUAACAGAGAAUCUUUAUGGGUUUACCCACUUUUUGCGACCGUCGGCGGAAGCUUUGGAUACUGGCUUGAAGGGGUCGAAUCGAGACAAUUGAAAAUGCUCGCAGAUAGAAAAGAGAUGCUUUUGGAAAAACGACGAAGAAGAGCCGAGAGAGAAGCUGGCGAGCCAGGGUUGAGCAAGAUAGAGGAGGGCGGAAUGCUGGCCAGCACUUCGUAAACAAUACUUGGGUGAAUUCGAUUGAGACCCAGGUGGCAAUACAAUCUUGAGCGGCUGGUCGGGUCCGAUAGAGUAUAAGGGACGGAGACGCAGAGAAAAAGGACAGGAUGUCCAAAAAUAUAACGAAUGGUUCGGUUCCGUGGAGGCAUGAAGAAAAGGACUCUGGCAUGUUCUCUGCGAUUUUACAAUUUCUCUGCGAUUUUACAAUUGGUUCAAUUCUGUCAAUUCAACUAUGUUUUCCGAGAAACUCCCAAAGGACGGUAUGAAAAAUAGAUGUAAAAUAACUACAUUUUAACCUUGCAUCCCUUUUCAGUUCUCGUUCAUUGUUUUCAAGUGCCAAAACCCGAGGAAACUGAGCUUAUGCAACACCCUUUUGUUGGAUACGGCACCUUUAAGGUCUCAGUCACCUCAUUUUAGCAUGUAGGGGCUGUUCCAACGUUGUGCAGGGAAGCGUCUUCUGUAGCAUCCGUGUCCUUCGGAUUCUGCUUCUCCUUACCCUUACUCUUCAGUGCGGGCUCGAUCCUCUCUUCUGCGUCCUUCCCAUCCCCAUCUGCAACGUCUUCUCUGUGAACUUUCCUCUUUGGCGAGUUGGGCGGAUCCAUCUUCACCUCCUUGCCGACCUUUUCUGCUUCGUUCCGUACUUCCUCCUUUCCAUCACCUGUUUUGCCUCUUUGCGUAUUUUCAAACUCUUCAUCGGCAUUUUCGCCCAUUGACAUUUUUUCGACAACCCUCCUGGUCAGACGCUGCUUAUGAAGAAUGUCGACAACUUCCUCGCGUUCUGCUUCGCUUGCCCCACUAAUGGACACAA